AUGGAUUCCGAGAAGGGCGAGGGCCAAAUUCCUCGAAUGUCCGGGGAUAGCAAGAAGAAGAGAUCUCCAUUCUUCGUCAAGCUGCUUGUUGCUUUUGUGAUUAUCAUAUGUGCAAUUCUCGUCAUGUUUGGCAUGGGUGUUGUUGGCGCAGUCUACGCCAACUUAAAGUUCUUCCACGAUCAGGAGCGCGGCACUGUCGAUUUUCUUUCAGGUGAUCAGGUGCACAACGUUGCUCGCCAUCUCGAGAGCACCGGUGCUUCAUACCCAAUCUCGACUAAGACGGCUCUAUCUACAAUCUAUGGCGUCAGUUACACCUCGAAUGCUGAUGUGGUCACCGAGGUUGCAACCGUUACUGGAACCCGCUAUGUCACUGUGCCUGGUGAAGCCCUGUCUGUUUCUGUCACCACACGGGAGAGCACUACCGAAUACUGUGAGGUUCAGGUCGUUACCAUGACCGAGAGCUACACGGUCACUAUACCUAACGACAUGGCCUCCCAGGACUCCUCGGGUGACGCUGUUGGAGCCACCGUGACCGGCAACCCACAGACUGUGACCGAGAACGAAACUGAUUUCUCUCUCACCAGUGGUCCAUCUGAUGCCAUCGUCACCGGCAAUCCACAGACUGUGACCGAGAACGAAACUGAUUUCUCUCUCACCAGUGGUCCAUCUGAUGCCAUCGUCACUGGUAACCCACAGACUGUGACUGAGAGCAAGACCGAUUUUUCUCUCACUGUUGGUUCGUCCGAUGCCCUCACCACCGCCAGCCCUGAGACCAUCACGAAAACUUUCGAGGUGUCCUCGCCCCUCCCUAAACCGCACACAACUAUUACCAUUCAAAGUCUCUAUCCUCCUCGGGAAGGUCUGAGCACUGUCACCCAGUACACCACUGUUGAGAAGACCAUCACAGCUCCCGACUCAUUCAUCACUGUCACUUUGACUAGCAAAUGCCCAGAAUGUUCACCCAUCGUGUCAGUUUCUCCUUCCAGUAGCUCCACAACGACUGUUUACGAAACUGCUGGUGUGCCCCCGACCUCUACAACAACUAUCAUGGUUCCGCCUCCUGCUUACCCACCUUACCCAACCGCCAACAAUACCUUACUGCCGGGUCCAUCCGGUAGCGUUACUGUUGUGCCUACUGUACCUACUCCGACUCCUGUUGUCGUCUCAGGAGGCACCAAGAAGCCCGAGCCUCGUGGGUGGGGUGGUACCAGCGGGACCACCAAUCUUAGCUGCACCGUUAUGCUGGUGGCCAUUAUCAUGUUUGCACUCUGA